AUGCCAGAUGUGUCACCUACCUACCUGUUGCUGGAAGGCAAAGUCCUAGAACAGGAUGGAGGUUGGCUUGAUAUGCCACACAAGCCGGUGCCACAGGAUAUUGCUUUUCCACUUGGAUUUGCUUGGGGUGCAGCUACAGCAGCAUAUCAAAUCGAAGAAGGCUGGAAUGCAGAUGGAAAGGGCCCUAAUGUCUGGGACACAUUCACCCAUCAGGGAAGAGAUCGAGUUUUCAAGAACCAGACUGGUGAUGUAGCUUGUGGCAGCUACACUCUGUGGGAGGAAGAUUUGAAAUGUAUCAAACAGCUUGGAUUGACUCAUUAUCGCUUUUCUCUUUCCUGGUCACGUCUGUUACCUGAUGGGACGACAGGUUUCAUCAACCAGAAAGUACUGUUAGAGUCUCUAGCUUUACCAAAUGCCAGUGAAGAUGUUGCAAGAAGACAGAAUGAAAAGCAUGAGGCAGUAGUUCAAGAGCUGAAGGAUGUGGGCAAAGGCAGUGGUGACAGAUAA